AUGCAGUGCUCAGGGUGCAGGUUCGCCCUGGCCACCCCGCCCACCGGUCGCCCCGGCGAGGUCCACCGUGGUGGGCUUGCCUGGCACGCCGCUUGCUGGGCAUGCUCGGCCUGUGGCGCAGACUUUGCCCUCCCACCGCGGCCCUCGGGCCCGGUCUUUGACCGCGGCGGCGGCGCCCUGCACUGCCCCGUCUGCUUUGUCCGCAAGGUCAAGGACGAACUCGGCUGGAACGGCCACCUCGCCCCGAUGCUUGUUCCCACCGUUGCUCCUGCUCUCGCUGCGCCGCCCCCCCCUGCAGCUGUUGCUGAUGCUGCUGCCGCCCCGGACGCUGCUGUAACGCCGGGCCGCGAGCUCUCGGAUGGAUCCUCGCUCUCGGACAUUGAGGUCCCGGACUCGGGCUCGGACUCGGGAGAGCUGGAGUGGUCGUCGGAUGGCGAGCAAGGCCAAGUCGCAGCGUCUGCUGACGGCGGCCACGGGAGCAACGACAAUGACGACGACAGCGCCCGCCCGCCGCGGAGCCAUGCAGGCUCGGUGGCGUCGGCCCUGAUGCCGCAACCGGCAGAAAGCUAUCUUGAACCGUCGGAUGGCUCGGUGCUGGAGGUGCCGGCUGCGCUUGUGGCGCAGCUUAACGCGCAGUUUGUCUCGGUCACCAUCAACCCGGCCUUUGACGCCGCAAACUGGGAUCCUGCUCUUGCCUGGGCCUCGGUGGCGGAGCCUCGCAGCGAGAGUGAGGCUGAAAGCGGCGACGAAGAGCAGACCAAGGGCAAGACCAAGGGCAAGGUCAAGGAUAGGAAGAGCGGCGAGCCAGGUGUCGGCGUGUUCAUCACCCACCGCAUCGGCGAGACUGCACUCGACGAGGCCGUCACCGAGGUAUGCGAGCACGACUUUGAGGCCAAGCUCGCGUCGGCACAUGUCUACGUCGACCCGCACGGGAAAGAGCACAAGUACACGUCGUCCGAGUACGCGCCGCGGGCGUUUGCAGCCAUCCGGGAAAUGUACGGCAUUUCGCCGGCCGAGUGGCGCGAGUCGAUGGCCGACUCUGCGCUCGUUGGGGGCUCGCUCGGUGCAGGCAAGUCUGGCUCGCUCUUCUGGACCUCGCGCAACCGCGCGUUUGUCAUCAAGUCGCUGCCCAAGUCGGAGCUGGUAGUCUGCCUCAAGCUCCUUCGCGAGUACCACGCACAUGUGGCAAAGUACCGCGAGACGACACUGCUUCCGCGGUGGUUUGGCCUCUUUAAGAUUCAGAUCGGCAAGGCUAAGCCCGUCCGGGUUCUCGUCAUGAACAAUGUGCUGUACACUCAGCUCCCACUCGACGUCGCCUACGACCUCAAGGGCUCGACCAAGGACCGCUUUGUCAAGCCUGAGAAGAUCAUGCCCGGCACAGGACUUACCGUCCUCAAGGACCUCAACCUCGACCAUCCGGUCUACGUCUCGUCCGACGACAAGGCCGUGCUCCUGGACCAGCUCGCCGCCGACAUCGCUCUCCUUUCCAACACCCACCGCAUCAUGGACUACUCGCUGCUGCUCGCUGUCUGCCAGCUGAGCGACGGCGAUGAGCCGUUGUCGCCAAGUCGCGAGACCCGUACCGCAACUGCUUCCUCGGUCUCGUCGACGUCAGGCACGCCGCCGCUCGCCCCGGUCUACCGCUCGCAGUGGCAGCAGUUCUGCGGCGGCAUGCGUGGCGUCAACGCCAAUGGCUCGCCUCGUGACAUGGUUUAUCUCAUCGGGCUCGUCGAUACCCUCACUGUGUACGACAACAAGAAGCGCGCCGAGCAUGCGCUCAAGGUCGUCCGCGACAAGGGCGGCCGCGAGGGCAUGUCCGCCGUCGCACCUGACCUUUACUCGCGCCGCUUCCUCGCCUUUGCCUCGCGCCUCUUCUCGACCCAGGGCGGUCUCGACGGCGACAAGCCGCAGCAUCGGCUUGAGCGCAAGCACCACGCCGCCGACCGGCUCCGACUCGGAGCCUGAGCUCGGGCCCGAGUCUGACUCUGUCUCCGGCUCUGGCUCUGUCUCCGGACCCGAGUCGGAUCCGGGCUCGGCAUCUAGUUAGUUUACUCGAGGCUGACAGGCCAGUCGAUUUGGACUGCGCCGGCAACAAAGCCGCGGAGGUACUCGAGGGCAGCACGGGCGUGCGGUGACUCGUAGACUUGGGGGAGCGGAUGGAGAAUGGCAUCGGUGUAGAUGAGGACAACCUUGUUGCGGGCGCGGGUGACGGCAACGUUGAGCCGCGCGCGCUGAUAGAUAAACUCGGCCUCGCGAGCGA